AUGCAGGUAGACAAGCAGAUUCGCACUGAAACUGGGGCUGAGCCUGAGACUGGGGCUGAGACUGGCCCUCGGGGCCCCGGGUGUAGCCUACGGCACUUUGCCUGUGAACAAAAUCUGCUUUCCCGGCCGGAUGGUUCGGCGUCUUUCCUGCAAGGUGAUACCUCCGUCCUGGCGGGGGUGUACGGGCCGGCCGAGGUGAAGGUCAGCAAGGAGAUCUUCAACAAGGCCACUUUGGAGGUGCUCCUGAGGCCGAAGAUCGGGCUGCCAGGUGUAGCAGAGAAGAGCCGGGAGUGGCUGAUCAGGAACACAUGUGAGGCCGUGGUUUUGGGGGCACUGCACCCUCGUACCUCCAUCACUGUGGUGCUGCAGGUCAUCAGCGAUGCUGGCUCCCUCCUGGCCUGUUGCCUCAAUGCUGCCUGCAUGGCACUGGUGGAUGCAGGUGUGCCCAUGAGGGCCCUCUUCUGUGGGGUCACCUGUGCCCUGGAUGCUGAUGGGAAUCUCGUGCUGGACCCCACAGCCAAGCAAGAAAAGGAGGCCCGGGCAGUCCUGACUUUUGCACUCGACAGUGUGGAACAGAAGUUGUUGAUGUCCACCACCAAGGGGCUGUACUCCAAUGCUGAGCUCCAGCAGUGCCUGGCUGCAGCCCAAGCCACCUCGCAACACAUCUUCCGCUUCUACCGAGAGUCAUUGCAGCGGCGUUACUCCAAGACCUGA